AUGGACAGCAAGAAAAAGUCCUACCGUGGCCUAAAAAUCUGUUGUGGUGUCUCUGCUCUGCUCAUAAUCAUACUAGUUGUGGUCUUGGUUGUUCUCUUCUUUACUGUCUUUAAGCCUAAAGAACCAAGAAUUACCAAUCGAUAUGUUAAGCUGGAAAAUUAUAAGGCAGCUUGGCCUCAGCUGUUUCUCAAUUUUACGUUGGGUAUAGGAGUCACAAUCGAAAAUCAGAAUCAUGCAGAGUUCAAGUUCGAGAACAGCACUGCCUAUGUUAGUUAUCGGGGAAAUGAGAUAGGCCAAGCCCCAAUUGCUGCUGAUACAAUUCCAGCUCGAGGGAAGCAUGAUUUAAAUACAUCUGUGACCAUUUUCGCUGAAAAAUUGUUUUUUCAAGAUGGUAACUUCAGCCGAGAUUUUCUUUUUGGAAUCUUGAAUUUUACUUCAGUUUCAACCUUGCAUGGAAAAGUGAGAGUGUUGAAGUUAUUCAAAGCAAAAGCCACCAGUUUGACCACCUGUGACAUUUCUCUCUAUAUCCUGGCACAGCAGGCUCAAACUGUCUGCACAUCCAAGGUCACUUUAUGA